UUAAUUAAUUAAUUAGCCAAAAAAAUUUGCUUCUAUCAACUCGUUCUUAUACUCCCUCUCCUCUUUCUCUCUCUCUCUCUCUCUCUCUCUUUUUCACCGACAAUUCUUCAACAAGAAAAUAGCGCGAAUCUACACUGCAUGCAAUGGUGCUGGGCCUCAGAUCCAAGGCCAAGAGAGGCGCGGCGAUCCGCGUGGAUUACUCCGUCCACAUUCACGAAAUCCGGCCGUGGCCGCCGUCGCAAUCGCUGAAAACCCUAAAAUCCGCAGUUCUCCAAUGGGAGAACGGCAACCGCAGCUCCGGGUCGACGAAUCCGGCCGUGCCCUCUCUCGGAUCGACUCCUAGCGAGGGGAAGAUCGAAUUCAAUGAGUCCUUCAAAGUCCAAGUCAAUUUGUUGAAGGACAACUCCGCCAAAGGUACAGCAUUUCAGAAGAGCUUGCUCGAAUUGAACUUAUACGAGCCUCGAAGGGAUAAGACUGUGAGGGGCCAGCAUUUGGGAGGUGCGGUUAUAGACUUGGCGGAGCACGGGGUUCUCAAGGAAGCAGUGAGUGUCAGUGCGCCGGUUAGCUGCAAGAGGAGUUUCAGGAACACGGUGCAGCCGAUGAUCUACGUGAAGAUCCAGCCGUUUGACCAGGACGGGGGGUCAAGCACGUCGUCGAAGGAGAGCCUGUCGAAGGAGGCCUCGUUGGAUAAGGAUGGGAAAGACUCCGUCUCGGCUCUGAUGAACGAGGAGUACGCGGAGGAGGAAGAGGAAUUGGAGAUCGAGGCUUUUACGGACGACGACGAGUCUUUGGACUCAUCGCAUGGGAACUCAAAUUCUGCCUCAGAUUUGAAAGCGGAGCUGCCUGUUCAGACUCGCAACGAAGAACAGGAACAUCACAAGAGUACAUCGGUGGCAACAAGUGAGAAUUUGGAGGUUAGAAAUGAAGAAACGGCCGUAAUUUUGGAAUCUGUGCCGACAAAAGAGGAAUUUGAAUCGCCAACCACAUCUUUGGAUCUCUAUGGAGCUGUCACGGAUCAAGACGGGCAUGGAACCGAAUUGCCAUCGGACGAUGCAUGCACCAAUACAGAGAAUUUGGAUAGUGAUGCUUGUCAUUCUGGCGGAACUAAGGAGAUUGAUUCGGCUUCACCAUUAGAAACUUCUGUGAAUUUAGAGGAGGAAAAUGGAUUUAGUAGCAAAAACAAGGAGAUUAUUGAGACGGAUGAUUUGAUUAGAGAAAUCCAUAAGACAAAAGUAGAUUACAGCAGUAAAGAAAAUGACAUAGAGGAAACAAUAGAUAAGAAGGAUAUUGGUGGAAUCUCUGACAUAGAUGAUGAUACUCAAAUGGAACUGUCAGACGUUGCUAGCACAAAAAUUGAAGACGGUAAUGAUAAAGACGGCAAAGACCAAGAGAGCAGAAAUGUGUCGGAAAAUAUGGCAAAUGGUAGUUAUGCAGAUAAUGGAGAUACAGAGACAAAUAUUGAAGAGAAACAAAUGUUAAAUGGGUCGGCUGACGCAGUUGAAGAACAUUCUAUUGAAGUUCAACAAAUAAUCGGUAGUCCCGAUAAUAGCUCUGUUGCAUGGGGUGUAACUCUAGAGCAAAGUCCAGAAACUCAGCAGCUAAAUUUUCCACAGGAUACUCAUAAAAGAACAUUUUCUUAUGAUUUAGCUGCAUCUAACCGGAGUUUUCUUGGUGGAAGGGUUCCUAGCACAUUGACAACUGAUAGAGCAAGGAGUCUUAGAUACUCGAUGAGGUCACCGUCAAACUUGAAGGGAAUUGGCACAUAUGCACUGAGUUAUCAGUACAGGGAAGACGUGAAGGAAAUCGAUGCCCAAAAUGAUGAACAAAAUAGUGAAACGGAUGACCAGGAAAAGGCAAACUCAAGUCCAGAUAAGGCAGAACCUGUUCGUAGAAUUGUUAGGAAUGGCGUUUCAAACAGUGAAGUACGAGAAAUGGAACUUAGGGUAGAAUUGCUUGAAUCAGAGUUGAGAGAAUCUGCUGCUAUUGAGAUAGGGCUUUAUUCUGUAAUUCCAGAGCACGGUAGCUCAGCACACAAGGUCCAUACGCCGGCUCGGCGGCUUUCGAGGCUAUAUAUUCAUGCGUUGAAACAUUGGUCGAGAGAAAGGAGGGGAAAUGCAGCAAGAAGUGCUGCCUCUGGGCUAGUUUUGGUUGCAAAAGCAUGUGGAAAUGACGUUCCAAGGUUGACCUACUGGUUAUCAAAUUCAGUAGUGCUAAGAGCAAUCGUCUCUCAAAUAACUAAAGAGUCGGAGGUAGGCCAAAGUAAUGGCACUGACUCUGCGGAAAAUGGGUAUGUAGCAUCACAUAUGAAAAAAUCAUCUCCGCUAAAAUGGGAAUCUGGCACUCGCAAGAAAGCAAAGCACUUCGCUGAAGAUUUCGCUGAUUGGGAAGAUCCCAACACAUUCAUAGCUGCAUUAGAAAAGAUCGAAAUCUGGAUAUUCUCUCGACUUGUCGAGUCUGUGUGGUGGCAGACUCUGGCACCGCAUAUGCAGUUGACUCGUGAGGGUAAUGAAUCAAAGAUAGUUUCACACGUGAGGAAAGUCAAUGGACGGGGACCAUUUGUGGACGAUCUACAGCAGGCAAUUUUAUCAAUAGAAAUUUGGAAGCAAGCUUUUAAGGAUGCCUCCGAAAGGCUUUGCCCUUUAAGAGCAGGAGGUCACGAGUGUGGGUGCUUGCCUAUGCUUUGUAGAUUGGUCAUGGAACAGUGUGUAGCAAGACUUGAUGUGGCCAUGUUCAAUGCUAUUUUACGUGAAUCGGAUGAUGAUAUCCCCACCGACCCAAUGUCUGACCCGAUUAGCAAUCCCCAUGUUCUCCCUAUCCCAUCUGGAAAAUCAAGUUUCGGUGCUGGUGCUCAACUGAAAAAUGCUGUUGGUAAUUGGUCUAGAUGGUUGACUGACCUGUUCGGAAUGGAUGCGGAUGACUCGCCUCAAGAUGAGAAUCGACAAGACGAUGAUAGGGUUGAUGCUGAUGCUUCUUUCAAAUCAUUCAACCUUUUGAAUGCAUUGAGUGAUCUUCUAAUGCUCCCAAAGGACAUGCUUUUGGAGAAGUCUAUCAGGAAGGAGGUAUGCCCAACUUUUAGUUCAUCGAUUAUCAAACAGAUCCUGGAAAACUUUCAGCCAGAUGAGUUUUGCCCUGAUCCAGUGCCCCUCAAUGUGUUUGAAGCCUUGGAAUCUGAGGACCACUGGCACAGCGGGGAAGAAGGAAUAAGAAACAUUCCAUGCACCGCAUCUCCCAUCAUUUAUUCUCCGCCCUCCGUUGCUUCAGUCGAGAGCGUUAUCGGCGAUGUUCGAAGACCGCAGCUUAGGAGAAUUGGAUCGUCCGUGGUACGCAAAUCCUACACCAGCGACGACGAACUCGAAGAGCUGGACUCGCCCUUAAACUUGAUAGCCGAUAAGUCCUCGACCCCGAGCCCCAAACCAAAGGGGAGGACAAGUUCACAUUGUAUUAGGUACCAACUUCUCCAUGAAGUUUGGAGAGAUGAUGAUUAGAGCUAUCCUUAUACAGUUAUUGCUAUGUUUUCCUUUUUUUCAUUUCUAUAAUUUGUCCUCAUGUAUAUUUUCCAUAUGAUUUUGGUAUGUGUAUAAAAUGUAUCUUUGUUCAUGUGAGCUACAGCAAUAAUGUAUAUUUUGUGCGGAGAUACUUGUAUUCUUAUCCUUGAGAGGGAUUCAGCUAUUUGGUUUCAAGAUUCUCUACAUUUUAGUCAAAUUUCUUUGUAUGA